ACAGGCUGGUUACCCACUGGGGUUCAAUAGUACAUCAGUAGUUACUCUGAGGCCAGAGGAGCUGAUGGUGGCUCUCGAGGGCAGCGAGUUCCGGAGUCUUUCCUUCCUCUUCAGCCUCAGCAACAUCACCAACUCUGCCAUCCUUCACCUCAUCUCCACUACUGCCGGACAGGCCAGAACUGAACUCCUGGUGGAAGUGUUGGACGGCCACCUGGGAAUCCUCUUGAGAACUGUCUCUGCUCGUGGAAGAGAAUUCUCUCUGCCUCUCACUGUCUCUGACUGCAUUAUAGAA